UUUGACCGAACAAAUGCAGAUAAAGGCCUCAAACUCUAUUUCAUAUAUCCUAACCAUUAUAGGCUGUUUAGGCUUGUUUCGAGCGCAUACAUAAGGUUUACAGGGGCGAGAACAGCAUAAUUUACCCUGUAAGCCACAUUGUCUCACUCCUUUUUAAGGCGUCCUCGGUGGCUGUGCUAUAUAAGUAUGCUCCCAGCCUCAAUGUUCAACAAAGAAAGCGAACAUCGACUAAUAAUAAAUCAAUCAUUAACCUUACCUACCUACUUCAAUCACCCAACAUGAAAUUCAUCACCAUUUCCCAAGCUCUCCUCCUCGCUUUCUCUCCUCUCGUCAUCUCCGCCACCACCCCUACACAAGUCUCCGACCCAGCAUCUGUAUGCUACAACUCUCCAGUCCCAACCCCAUCACCAACCAAUACGAACCGCACCAUUCCAUGGGGUACCCCCUCCUAUACCCUCCCUAAUGGAACAAAAUGCUGUGAUUCCCUCGACCAAGUCCGCGCGGGUAUUAAUGACAUUAACGCCCAGCUUGUCAACCUCCUAGCUCAAAGAGCUGCAUAUGUGCGAGAAGCAACCAGGUUUAAGGCGACGUUGGGUUCUGUGAACGUGCCGAGUAGAAAUCAGGAGGUUAUUGAUGGAGCGGUAGCGUUGGCGAAUCAGACGGUGCCAAGAUUACCGGAGGUGAUUGCUAGGGGUGUUUUUGAGGCGAUUAUUAAUGAGAGUGUACCGUUUGAAGAGUGUGUUUGGGCGAUUUCGUCUUGAAGUGGUGGGGAUGAUUGAAUGGUCCGGGAAAUCAUCGCGGGGUCGCUAAUGGAAAAUGAGCAGGAAUGAGAGUGGAGGCUAUUAUUAGUCAAACUACUGUAUAGAUUUGUGAUCACGUGGAUGUUGAAAUGGAUGAAAAAUGAUAUGAUAAGAAAUUGGUCUAUAAACAGCUUUUGAAUUGUGUUAUAGUGUUCGCCAAUUGAAUUGGAUGUGCUGUGGAAAUGAACUGAAGGUAGGCGGUGGCUGUUCCAAAUGACAUAUGGACAUGCGGGUAUUGUA